CCCUUCCUUCUCGGCCGCCGUAGCUGGAGAAAGACGGUUACCCAGCAACGAGCAAAAACAACCUGAACCACCGGCACCAGCUCUGAGAGUAAAGAGGAGGUACAAUAGGCAGUUACUUCCAAGGAGAUGUCGAUUCCAUUCUCCAACACCCAAUACCGAAUUCCACAAGGAUUUGGAAAUCUUCUUGAAGGGCUGACACGCGAGAUUCUGAGGCAGCAACCCGACAAUAUACCAGCUUUUGCAGCAGCAUAUUUUGAGAAUCUUCUAGAGAAAAGAGAGAAAACCGACUUUGAUCCAGCAGAAUGGGGGAGUAAGGUAGAUGACCGCUUCUAUAACAACCAUGCAUUCAAGGAGCAAGAGCCACCUGAGAAAUAUGAACCUGAAAAAGAAAAGUCUGUGAAACAGGAGACACCCAUCACAAAAUUAUCUUCUGAAGAUACAGAAAAAGAGAAUGCUGCUAUCACAAUCCAAGCAGCCUUCCGUGGGCACAGAGCCAGAAUGGCAGUGAAGAAAAUGAAAUUGGAAAAUUCUGAAAAAGAGAAAGUAGAGGAAGAAAAGGAGGAUGAGUGAGGAAGACAAGUGGUUUCACCCCCACCCAAAAAAAAAAAAAAAAAAAAAAAACCAGGAAAAAAAUCAUCCAAAUCCAUCAUCAACCUAUUGUGAUUGUCUUUUUUCCUUACCGAGGGAGAUUUGAUGUAGUGUAAUAACAUUUGUUGCUGUUGUGAAAAUCUGUCGUGAGCAUUUGUUUAAUAAACAUGCCAUUG